CCUAACAUCCCAUACCAAAAAAAAAUAUAAAAUACAAAGACAAACAAAACAGAGAUUCCCACCAACCAUUGAAAAGGUGGAAAGGAAGGAGCUACACAAAAAUCAACAGCUAAAGAGGGAUCUCAGAAACAAAGCAAGAACAAGUUUCAUGGAGGGAUUGGUGGCUGCAUCGUCGCGAGUCACCCCAGUUCGUAUUCAUUUGAGGCAAAAGCAACUUUCUUUUGUUUCUGCAUCUUCAGUGCAAUGUCCAAGACGUUUGUAUCGAAAUAGCGGUCAAGUUGGAAUGAGAAAACAUCCCAAAUUACUGAACUCUAUUGCUGCUUCAGCUCAACCAUUAGAAGCCACAUUGAGCCCCUUUGACAACAGGCUACCAUCCAAAGAGGUUCUUGAUUUAUGGAGAAAUGCUGAUGCGGUAUGCUUCGAUGUGGAUAGCACGGUUUGCCUGGAUGAGGGCAUUGAUGAACUUGCAGAACAUUGUGGAGCUGGAAAGACUGUUGCAGAAUGGACUGCUAGGGCAAUGGGUGGUUCAGUACCUUUUGAGGAGGCUUUGGCUGCUAGACUAUCUUUGUUCAAUCCUUCCCUGUCUCAAGUCCAAGAUUUUCUCAUAAAGAACCCCCCAAAGCUUUCUCCUGGCAUGGUCGAAUUAGUCAAGAAGCUGAAGGCUAAUGGCACCGACGUUUACCUGGUCUCUGGAGGCUUCCGUCAAAUGAUCAAACCUGUGGCGGCGAUUCUUGAUAUACCAACUGAAAACGUGUUUGCGAAUCAACUACUGUUUGGAACUUCUGGAGAGUUUCUGGGGUUUGACAAAAAUGAGCCCACUUCAAGGAGUGGUGGAAAAGCCACCGCAGUGCAACAGAUAAGGAAGGCUCACAAUUACAAGGAACUAGUCAUGAUCGGGGAUGGCGCGACUGAUCUUGAGGCACGCCAACCCGGAGGUGCUGACUUGUUCAUCUGCUACGCUGGUGUUCAGCUACGCGAGGCUGUUGCUGCAAAGGCUGAUUGGCUUGUUCUUAAUCUUCAAGACUUGAUAAGUUCCAUGGAUUGAUUCAGCACGAUAUUGUUCUGUACUUUGUACUAUUGUUCCUCCGUUACGCUGCCUGCGCUGCUGCAGUCUUGUAAUCUGUACGCCGUGACAUGCUUUCCGGCGUGUCAAACUCAUUGGAAGAUGAACAAGGAAGUGUGUAUUUGGGUGUUUUGUAGGAACCCGUUUGAAUGGAUUGUAUUGUAUGAAUUGGAAAGUACUACAAAACAGAUGCUAAGGUUAAAGUUUGUAAUAGUUAUUGGAGUAUUAAUACAUUGAAUUCCUGUAAAAUAAAUCCAUCUUUACACAUCACGGAGAAUGAACGUCAAAUAGUCUAUAAGUGUUUAUAACAUGUGUGUUUUUUUUUUUUUCCAAAUCAUCCCUAGAAUUGAUCCGUUUAAUCAAGAUGGUUCUUAAAAUUAAAAAUCGAUCAAUGUAAUCUCUAAAUAUAGGUGUUGUGAGUCAAUGUCGUCUUUUACGAGUGGAAAAUGAGUGAAGAAACUUAGAAAACGAAUUAAAAUAAAAUAACAUGCCAUGAAAAUAACAAAUAAAAAAAAAAGCAAAAAAUUAAAAAGAACAAAAAUUAAGAAAGAGUAAAGCUUAAAUAGGUGAGGAUGGAUAUAAAUCAACCUGUAAGAAUAAAUCAAAUAUUCUCGUAUUGUGUAAAUUGUUAUGCAUUAUUAUUUGGGCCUUCUUGGAGCCCUUGAGUUCAUACAAUCCUAAUCUCAGCGGGACUUUUAUGUAAGGGCAAGGAUCCUCUUCGGAUGUUUUUUGUGAGGAUUCAGAAAAUUAAUCAAUCGUGUCUGUUCAUUGUAUAUAGUGCGGUCAAUUUUUGUUAGAUAUUAUUUAUAUUCAAUUUUAAAUAAUUUCUAACCAUACAAUAUACAAUGAACGGACACGAUUAAUUGAUCCUCCAAAUCCUCACAAUGAGUAUCCGAAGUGGAUCCUAUUCCUGUAUGUAAUCCGUUUCCUAAUCUCAGCUGUCAAAAUCCCACAAUUUGGGGCGAACAACUGAAAAAACAUGGCGGCGUCGGAGAGGCAGUGCCACUACGAGGUUUUAGGUCUCCCCCGCGACUGCUCCGCCGACGAGAUCCGGUCGGCUUACAGGAAGCUCGCUCUCCAGCGCCACCGGGACAAGCUAGUCCAGUCCGGCUUGUCCCAGUCCGAAGCCACAGCGCAGUUCCAGGAGCUGGCCCAUGCCUACGAGGUUCUCUCCGACCCUAAAGAGCGAGCUUGGUACGACUCUCACCGCUCCCAAAUCCUCUUCUCCGAUCGCAGAUAGGCCGCGUCGAGCUCCGGCUCGGGCAUCCCCGAUCUCUUCUCAUUCUUCUCCACAACCGUCUUCUCCGGCUACUCCGACUCCGGCCGUGGGUUUUAUGAGGUAUAUUCUGAUGUCUUCAACAAAAUCUACGCCAACGAGCUCAAUUUUGCUAGGAAAUUAGGGUUAGGGUUGGACACCGUGCCUGAAGCUCCGGCGAUGGGGAAUUUAGAGAGUCCGUACGUGCAGGUCACCGCGUUUUAUAACGGGUUUUGUACGGUGAUGGAUUUUUGCUGGGAGGACAAGUAUGACGUGAUGGCCGGUCCAAACCGGAAGGCGAGGAGGUUGAUGGAGGAGGAGAACAAGAAGGAGAGGAAGAAGGCGAAGAGAGAGUUCAACGAGACGGUGCGGGGGUUGGCGGAUUUUGUGAAGAAGAGGGACAAGAGGGUGAUUGAUAUGAUGCUGAAGAAGGAGGAGGAGAGGGUGAGGAAGAGGGAGGAGGAGAGAGAGAGGAAGAAGAAGUUGGAGAAGGAGAAAUUGGAGAGGGCUAUGGCGUAUGAGGAGCCGGAGGGGGCGAAAGUGGAGGAGGAGGAAUUGUGUUGUGUAGUGUGUGGGAAGAAGUUUAAGAGUGAGAAGCAGUGGAAGAAUCACGAGCAGUCGAAGAAGCAUCGAGAUAAGGUUGCAGAGUAUCGGGAGUCGAUUGGAGAAGAAGAUCUUGAACUUGAUGAUGAAGAGAUUUUGGAGGAAGAGGGUGAAGAAAGGGGUGAGCUUGACGAUGUUGAUGAAUUAGGUCAGGAGAUUAGAGAGGGGUUGAAGAUUGGGGAGGAGGAAGAUGGGGCAGGAGUGAGUGAUCAGGAGGAUGAGUUGCAUGAAUUUGGUGCUGAAAAUGGGAGCGAAAAGGUUGACGAGGCACUUGAGUUGGAUGGUGAUGAAGAUGAAUUGGGUGUUCUUGAAGCAUUGGUGAAUGGGCGAAAGAGUAAGAAAAAUGCAGCCUUUUGGGUCGAGCGUGAGGAUAUCUUGGUGACAGAUAUUCGUGCGGAGAAGGAUGACGAUGACACGGGGUUCAUGGAAUAUAAUAACCGGAAGAGCGCAGGAAGGUAAGGAGGCACGAGGAAAGAGAGGGGUAAGAAGAGUGGUUGUGAAGCUAAUAAUGUUGAUAAAAGUGGAAACAACGGUGGUCAGAGUGACGAGAGUUAUGAACAAGAUAAUUCAAAUAUGAAGGAAUCCACAUCUCAUUCCGUUGUGGAAAAUGAGAGUAAUGAACAGUUAGCACGAAAGAAGAAGAGCUCAAGCAAAGCCGUCGAUAAGAAAGAGAAAGCGAAGAAAGAGGCGAACGACAAAUUAAAGAACUCAUCUAAUGGGAAGAAAUCUAAGGGAGCAUUGAAGAAUACUAGCAACGCAUGUGAUACAUUUGGAGAGGAGUUCGAAUCAAAAACAAGUUACAUAUGCAUUUGGGUGACACCGGCCAUGCAAAGCUGAAAUAUCGAUGAGGGAACAGUUGCUGAAUAUUAACAUGAUGUGAUUAAAUUAUCAGCCAUAGAAAGAACAUGGCGACAUUGGUUGGCGGCGAUUCAUUCAUUUUUAUAAGUUACAGAAAUAGUCAAAGAUCUCUGUAGGAAGCAUUCCAUUAUUUUUGGUGAUCAGAUAGAAGUACAACAACCCUCUUUUAUCAUAAACGGUACACGGCUGGCUGGAUGCAAUGCGGAACGCAUGGACGGUCGACUGAAGGUGCACAGAGAAAGUUCGGCCCUUGUAUAUGUGGAAAUGAAAUUCCUUGCAGAAAACGGGAUGACCUUCACAAGGGGUGGCUUAUACGAAAACUUUUUCCCAGUUCGUCAAGUGUCGCGAGCAUGAUGUCAUGUAAUUUGGUAGUGUUCUAGAUGUUUUGAUGUAAUAUGGAUACGCAUACAGAGUUGGUAAAAGGAUUUAGUGAUGUGUUUGUUGAA